GUUUUAGAUAGUAAUUUCCUGAGUUGAUCUGCAAUUCCAGCGUUAAAAAUAACCCAGACGGACAGGCGUGGUGGCCCAUGCCUAUAUUCCCAGCACUGUUGGGUGGCAGGAGGAUCCCUGUGAGGCUGGGCUACAUAGCCAGACCUUGUUUAUAAAAAGAAAAAAAUCCAUAUGCACUGGACAAUCACAGUUUACAGCCAUUGCUUUCACUCACUGCUGCUUACUGUCCGUUUUUAGGUUUUUUUAAAAGGAAGUUUGUGCUCAGGUGGGGAAGACAGGAUGUUUCCCUGCCUGGUCUUUGGGGCUGGGCUGUGGUCUCAGUAGGACAUCCCACCUGUGGUGAAGACACGUGUUUCAGCAAGUGCAGAUAUAUUCUGAGCCUGCUCCGUCAGCUUCUAUCGGAAAUGUAUUACCAGUGAUCACAGUCAUCCGUCGUAUACUCAAAAUACUCCCAGCACCAGGAGCAUUGAGCAUGAUCAGGUGGUAGGUGACUCCUGUUGCUUUCCCUUGGAGCUUAAGGUUCUCACCGCACCUGUGCCUUGCGACCCCGCCAGCAAGUCCAAAGUACCGCCACCGGGGGUGGGAUUUGAUGGGUCACUAAGCCCUGUAGUCUUGAGAGCCCCGCCCACGUCGUUUUCCCUCUGGAAGGCGGGGCCAUGUUUCACCGCGUGUGGAGAGUCUCGCUUCACCUCGCCCCGCCCAGCAUACGGGGAAGGGGGGGGGAGGGCUUUGCGUCACGACGUUGCCCUUCCCCGCGCCGGUUUGAAAGCGGUUCCCGGGGAGACGACCAAACCACGGUGAAAAUGGAGCCGCGUGUUGUUAAGCCGCCUGGGCAAGAUUUGCUAGUGGAGCGUCUGAAGAGCCGCUACGGGCUUGGGAGCAGCGGCGCCGGAGAGUAUGACUUUUCAGAUUUUGAUCAGGCUCAGUAUAAGAGAAGAUCUCUGACCUACCCAGAUGAUGUGGAUAUCUAUUGCUCUGGAGAUAAAGUCAGUCCAUCAGUGAGAUACUACUCUAAGGAAAGGAAGCAUUGUGUGAUGCCUUUAUGCAGUUCAUUCAAACAUUUGGAUGUGCAUCGCCUAGAUGGUGAACUGGAAUCUUUUCAUGGUUUGAAGAAACAGGAAAUAGAGGAAGAGUUCAUUGAAAAUGAUCAUAGAGUUGAUAACUCAAAAAUGACCAAGCAGUCCUUCAAAGAAACAGAAAAAGUCACACUGCCAACAAACAUGGCCUCAGGAUCUUGUGCUCAGUGGGAUGGCGACACUAGAGACUCCCUUCUGCAACACGCCGGCUGUCCAGACUCAAGAGUGCCACACAAGCAGGGUUUACUUCCUCCUCAGAUAAAUCAAAUAUAUGACGAGUUAUUUCAGAUACACCUGAAGCUGCAGUGUGAGAGCACGGCGCAGCAGAACUUCGCUGAAGAGCUCCAGAGGCGAGAACGCUUUUUAGCUGAGAGAGAACAACUGCUUUUCAGACACGAAGAUGCCUUGAAUAAAAUUAAAGGUGUUGAGGAAGAGGUUCUCACAAGAUUUCAGAUUAUGAAGGAGCAACACAGUGCAGAAGUUGAACACUUAACUGAAGUUCUUAAGGAAAGAAAUAAAGAAAGCAAGAGACUGAGGUCGUCUUUUGAUGCACUGAAAGAAUUGAAUGAUAACUUAAAAAAACAGUUAAAUGAAGUAUGUGAAGAAAACAGGAAGAUGGAAAUUCAGGCUAAGCGAGUUCAGGCCCGUUUAGAUAACUUACAGAGGAAGUAUGAAUUUAUGACAAUUCAGAGACUGAAAGGAAAUUCCCAUGCUGCUCAUGAAGUAAAAAGCUUAAAGCAAGAAAAAGUACCAUCUUCAAAAAAUUUUAAGGUACCACUUAACGGGCAGGUAUAUGAGCUUUUAACUGUCUUCAUGGACUGGAUUUCAGACCAUCACCUUAGCAAAGUGAAGCAUGAGGAAUGUGCUGUGGAUGGUGAAAAGCUGCUUCUCAGAUCUGCUUCUCAGAGAAGUGAUAUUCAAGAGAAGUGUGUAAAGCUCUUGCCUGUGCUGACGGAGCAGCUGCAGUGUCUGCCACUGGUGAGCACUCGGCUCCAUGAGCCGCUGGUCAGGUUCAUCUACUGGUCCCUCAGGCAGCUGGAUGCAGGGGCACAGCAGCAUUCAACUAUGACAUCAACAUUGCGACGACUGGGUGAAGACAUAUUUAAAGGUGUGGUAAUCAAAGGAGUUCAGGAUAAUUCUUCAGAGCGUUCCGGGGAAAAUAAACCAAAGACAGCUGCUUUUUUUAAGAGUUCGAAUUUGCCAUUGCGAUUUUUAUCAACCCUAAUUGUUCUCAAAACAGUCACUCAAGCUGAUUACCUGGCCCAGGCGUUUGACUCCCUUUGCUUAGACUUGAAGACAGAUGAAGGGAAAGCCUUGUUUCUGGAGUAUCAAGCAGUUCCCGUGAUUCUAGGGCACCUGCGAAUAUCCAGCAAGGGCCUCCUCUCCGGUGUCAUCGACAGUUUACUGCAAAUGGCAGUAGAGUCCAAAGCCCUGCAGCCUUUCCUGGAAGCCUGCAGCAACUCUUCGUUUUUUCGUACUUGUUCUGUGCUGCUUCGAACCCCUAAGCUUGAUCUUCAGAUCCUAGAAAAGCUCAGUAUUAUUCUACAGAAACUUUCAAAAAUCAAGAGUAACAAGAAGCUCUUCGAACUUUUCACCAUUCACCUGAUGCUUCAGGAGUUACAGCGCACGACGCAUCCAGAGCACGCCUUUCUCUGCAUCAACCUGAACUCCACGCUGUUCAACCUGGGUUUGACGAAGGGCAGUGGCCUGGCCUCCAGCGCAGGCCAGUAGGCUGGCCUGUGUCUGUGUCUAUGGUACUCAUCUGGUGCCUAUCUGUAGAAGGGGAAAAUCAGCAAAGUAGCUGCAAUUUUACCAAGUUACCAGUAACAUCAUUUAUCAUGACAGAUAACUAGGAAGAUUUUUUUUUCAACUUGGUAAAUGAAAUCUAUAAACACAAUGGGCUUUUUGAAAUAUUUUUUAAGAUAAUAUGAAUGUACAAGAUGGCAUUUCCAGAAUUUAUAACACUGGCAUUACUUUUUAUAAAAGUCUUAGGAAAAUUUUUUCUUAAAAUUAUGUGAUUAUUUGAAAUAAAAUUGGUGCUUAGGAGGGAACAGAUAAACCAUGUUUUCCUAACACAACAGAAUCCUCCAUUUGGAGGCAAAAGCAUGUAAAUUUUGUAAGGCCCUUUUCUCCUUUCACUGAGCCAAGCCAAGCACACAUGGCCCAGAGCUGCACCUGGCCAUAACGCAGAUUUGCAAGCACGGCUCGUUAGGGUCCUUGGUGCCUCAUCAGAGCUGUCACCAGUUUAAAAAAAAAAAAAAGUGCUUUCUUUAGAUGAAAGGAAAGAAAAUAGAACUUUCCUCCUGACUUUUUACCCUGAUACCUAAGGUAGUUGUUUGAGAACAACUUGUGGAACCUUUCUCCAUUUGCCUUUAACAGUUUCCUCUUAGCCCGGCAUGGUAGUGUGCACCUAUAAUCCCGGUACUCAGGAGGCUGAGACAGGAGGAUCACUAUAACUUUGAAGCCAGGCUGAAUUACAUAGUGAGACCCUGUCUCAAACAAAAUUCUUCUUUAGUCAGCCUUCCCAGGUAUGUCUGUCAUCGUUAUAGCACACUACACCAGAUUCAAUCCUGUUUGUCCCUGAAUAGACUUUGCCUUUCUUUUUGGAGAGCCACUCUGUCGAGAAUUCUGGUUGACAUGAUCAGGUGUCAGAAGUGGGGUCUGAAGCAAGUUCUGUCCUUGAGGCCUAGCAUCCCCCAGAUUCGUGGGCACUCAUCUGAGUCCACUUUGCCUUAGUGUAUCUCCUGCAGCUUCCUGUUCUCCCUUUUGGUUGAGUUUUGACCCAUUUGGUAUCUGAUUUGGGUGAGGCUGCCUUAGUAAAGGACCUUGUGUCCCUCCUAGGACUGUGAAAGACUGUUAUGUCUCAGAAGCCCUUUCUGGGGUGACAACAGUUUUUUCUGGGUGGACAUUCUUGGCUUUGAUUUUAGUUGCUUACACACAUCUGUAAAUUAUUUCACCCUUAACUGUUUUCAUCCCUGCUAGUUUCUGAACAUCUUUUGGAGAGCAAAAAUAAGCACACAUUGGUAGGCCUAGGUGGCAGUCCGAAGCCAUUAGGAUAGUCACCACCAUGUCCGAGGUAGCCUACGUCCCAGAACAGUCUCCUGUCUAGGUCACAGGCAGGCACGGCUCCCUCUGGGCACAGAGAGGGCUCGGUCAGGGCUGGGCACCUAGGGCAAAGGCCGGCCGCCAGGUCACAAAAGCCUCUAAGUGAACAGAAGCAUGCUGGGCUCAGAAUCUGAGCCUUUCACAGGGUUUAGGGAAUUUUCUUUUGGUUUGAAGGAAUGAGUAGACAGUAGAACAGGGAUAGCUUAGUGGGGACCCCUCCCGUCUCUCAGGAGCUAUUCCUAGUCCCUAUUUCUUUUCCCCACUAAAUUUUCAUACUCAAAGAAAACACAGAAUGGGAUUUUCAAAGUCCACAGCAUAUGGAGACUCCUUCUGUUGUGGCCCGGCUGGCUGUGUGCUGGCACAUUCAUUCUGGUACACUCCUCUGCACCUGAAAACCAUGAUACCAGGUGCAGAGGAGACUUGGGAGGAAUCAUUCAAGUUUUGUCAUCUUAUUUUUGUUAGGAUCAGAGUGGAGCAAGGAGGUGCAGGGAGCUAAGUUACCCACCCCGAAUCCACCAUCCUAUCACUCAACAUUUGGAGUUGAACAUGGGCUGAAGACCCUGAGUGUUGCACUCAGUCUCUGAAGACACCUUUCUGACAUUAGCUAUUUUAAAAUUCUUCAGAAAAAAGAUGCAUCUAUAAAAGGAAACAGCUUUAGGCUUUUAGAGGCAAGAAACUAAGACUAAUGAAGCAAGGCUCAUUAUGUGCUUGGUGCCUCAUCAGAGCUGUCACCAGUAAAAAAAAAAAAAAAAAGUGCUUUCUUUAGAUGAAAGGAAAGAAAAUAGAACUUUCCUCCACUUGCUGCGGCUCGACUUCUUUGAGCUGAAAAGAAUAUGUUGAAGAGGCACAUUUGGAUUCUUUAAAUAAUUAGUUGUGUUUAAAGACCAUUUCAAACAUAAUUUUUAAAAGUAAAUUUGGUGAAUGUAAGUAGCUUAAAAUUUUAAAUGACUUUUCAAUAUUGUGUUUUAUAAAAUACAUCUACUUAAAACUAGCUUCAAAAAUCUUAAUGCUGGGCACAGUGGCACACACCUGUAAUCCCAGCACUUGGGAGGCUGAGGCAUGAGGAUUGCUGAGAGUUCGAGGCUAGCGUGCGCUACAAAGUGAGCUCGAGGCCAUUCUGAACCAUAUAGUGAAACCUUACCUGAAAAAAGAUUUUAAAAAAAUAUAGACAGAAAGAAAAGAAAUCUUUUUGAUAAAUGCCUGGCAUGGUGGUGACCACCUGGGAGGCGAGGCAGGAGGGUCAUACAUUUAAGCCCAGGCUAUGUAAAUUGGCAGCUUUGUGAGACCCUGUCCCAAAAAUAUUUUUAAAAAGGACAGGAUGUCACUCAGUGCAAAGACCCUGAGUUCACUCCUCAGUACUGCUAGGUUAAUAAAUAGUAGAUACUCAUAUUAUUUAUUAUAAAUAGUAGAUAUUCAUUCGUCAAGGGAAAGCUUUUUUUUUUUCCUUUGAUGCCGGGGAUUGAACUUGUCAUCUUGUGCUUGCCAGGCAGAAUCUUGUGCCUCUGAGCUAAACCCCGAUAUUCAUAAAAUGUCAGAGCCUUUCCCAAGUAAGUUAGAAGCCCUCUUUUACAAAUGGAAGCAGAUCAGAGGUGUUGGUACUGUGUCCAAAGCUUGCUUGGAGAUUUUUUGAAGGAUUCUCGUCAAGCCGCCAGUCCUCUAUAAAGUGAGGACACACCUGAAACAACAACCCAUCUGAUGCUGAAAGGGAGGAGGGUAUUCAUUUUUAAAGCCACCAUGAAAGUGCUUUACCCAAAAUCUGAUCUGUAGAUUAUGUACCAAGGACAAAUGAAAUAUUAAAAGUCUGCCUUGUAAGGUAUUGGUAAAACUGGCCAUCUGAGCAGUCACUUGAGCUACCAUCAAAAAUAAACUGGAUCCAGCCGCCCUUUCUUCACCAGUCAGUGUUGCCCCUGCAUGCUGCUCCCUCAUGACCAGAUAGCCUACCAUCUGCCAGGUCCCUCUGUGUGAUGUCUGUGAGCCUCAGCCGAGCCCACUGUCCCAGUCCUCGGUCCUCACUGCUGUCGCCACGCUCUGCCACCAUGGGAUACAGCCAUCUCACCCUGGCCGUGCCGCCUCAUCUCUGUCUUACAGCUGGGUGAGAAAAGGAGGAUGAAAUAAAGGUUUCCUGCUUUUCUCCCUCCUCUCCCAUUCCCUUGAGAUUGGGGCUGACAGGGAAGAGAGUGUUUCUAAUGAUCAGUUCCUUGAAUUGUGGCUCCUAUAGAUUUGGUCCUGAGUGCCCAUUUUUUGUGACUCAGCCUCCCAGAAGCAGUGCCUGUUUCACUUGCUCCUGUCUGCAGUUUGUCAGGGGCAGCUCUGCUUUUGGAGCCUUUACUGCUGUCCUCGCCUUCCUGGGCCAUGGAUGGGGAAAUUGAUCUUGAGGGGAGCAGCAUCUUUCGCACCUUCCCCGGCGACCACGGGGUGGGGGUGGGGGCAGGCCAUCUAGGUUCCUUGGCUAUGAGAACAAGUAAAGUAGGUGUUUCUUCAGUGACUCUGGCUUUUGCAUCUAAAAGUACUACUUUUCAGAGAGUUCUCAUCCUGAACAGCUGUCCUGCUGGUACUUGUGGAAAGACUUGACUCUAAAGAGAAGAAAGGCUUUUAUAAAUCAGACUUUCUGUCAGAAAAAUGGGAACUAACCCUAAAUGCUUUCCGAGUCACAUGACUUAGGUAAGGUGCUCAUAAAAUGAAAAUGCAGAUGUCUGAAGAAUUGUCAGUGUGCAUUUUUCACCUGGGUUUUCUGACAAGGACAGUUUGUGCUCAUCUCUGCAAAACGAUUUAAGAUCCUAAAAUGCAGAUCUCCCCCAAGAGCAGAGCCUGUAGCAAAGAUAGAUCGCAUGGUGCUUAUGUCACAGGAGUAAAAGGCAAAAAGCACGCGUAACUCUUAACCCACUUUCUUAGCUUCUGUGAUACUUUAAAUAUUUGCUCUUGUCAAAAAAAAAAAAAAGGUGAUGGCUAACAUUAUCUACUGGAUCAUAAAUUUUCAUAAGAAAUCCAAAAUAAUUGUUAAAAAUAAGUUAUGACAAAACUUACAAAAAGUAAGUUAUAACAAAGUUAUAACAAAAUUAUUUGGUGAUUAAAAUCUUAGUUUACUUUUAGCCUUUUAUUACAAAUCAUAUAUACAUGUAUAUCAUGCAUAUAUUACAAGCUACAUACACCAAAUAAUUGUAUGAAAAGGUGUGUUUAAAAAUUAAGAAAUUUGUAUUAUAAUAUGUUGAUAUGAGAAUCAAAAUCAAGAAUCAAAAUUGCUUACUUGCUAAAUUUUCACUAUAAAUCAAGGCUGUUGAAAGAAAUUCCAGUUAACAUCUGUAAUCUUGUAUACAUAGUGCAAAAAGAUGUAUUUUGGGUUUAAAAAUUAUUUUAAAAGGUGACAUGCUUUCAAGAAAAAAUGUUUAAUUCCAAGGUUUUCAAAACGUAGAUUUAGAAAGAAGCACAAGCCGAGCAUUUAGCUCAGCAGGAUAAGCACCUGCCUGGCAAGUGUAAGGUCCUGAGUUCAAUCCCUGUUACAAAAAAAAGAAAAGCCAGAAAGUAGAAGAUGUAUUUUUAGGCUUAAUAAAUGAAAAGCCUUUUUUUUUUUUUUUUGAAGAAAACGUCUCUUCAGGCCAAAAUAAAAGAAAGAGCAUCUGUGGGUAUUGCAAGCACAAACACCGAAGUCUGCCGUGGUUUCCUUCCUGGUCACUGCUUGUUGCAUGUGUGGAAAUAAUCAGGCCACUUCAGUGAGCCUGAACUCUUUGUGUACAGAUUAGCCUUAUUUUCAUUAUCAUUGCUAAAAGUGGGACAACUAUAAAUUAAUUUUUUAAAAGCAUGUUUUGAAAGCAAGACCUGUACUACACCUGCUACUGGAUUUAAAAGACAUUGUGCUCUGCUCAAUGUCUUUUAAAAAAAUCUGUUGUGAAUCAGAUGAAUUCUCCUGGUUUACCCUACUAGCUCAUCCCAUAGGGUCACCCUCAGCCUGUGGUCACUUGAUUUGUUCAUCUGGUUGCUGUCCGAUUUGGGUUGGUGACUCAAAACCAAUAUAUAAAUAUAAAGUUGGUUCAUGA